ACAAACCAGAAAAGAUCUGCCCUCACUCUUCCAUUCACUCCGCUAACUUUGGGAGGAGAAGAUACAGUACAGCUGUGGUGGGGGGUUUCUGUCGAAGGCAGAUGUUGUAGCAGCAGCAGCGGCAGCAGCAGAAAUGGCACAAGCAAGCGAAAGGCGCGCGGAGAGCGCGAGCGCGUCCACAGCCGGGGCUUUCCCUGAGAUCAUCGAGCUGAACGUCGGCGGGCAGACCUACGUGACGCGCCACUCGACUUUACUCUCCGUGCCGAACUCUCUGCUCUGGAGCAUGUUUAAGGAUCACAGCGCGUCCCAGUUGACCCGGGACAGCAAAGGGCGCUACUUUAUCGACCGGGACGGGUUUCUGUUCCGCUACAUCCUGGACUACCUGCGCGACAAGAACCUCGCGCUGCCCGACUACUUCAAAGAGCGCGCGAGUUUGCAGAAGGAGGCUGAGUUUUUCCAGCUGCCCGAUCUGGCGCGACGUCUCCGACCUCCUCUGGUCAGCAAGGAGAACUCUAUCGGGGACGAGGCGUUCCACAGCGACCCGGAGGAGGCUCUCCCCGGUGCGAGCGCCAGCGCAAACACCGCCAGCAGCACCGCCAGCAGCACCGCCGCCGCCGCCAUCGGGCCGCGCUCCCCGUCCCUGGAGGCGCGCAAGUCCGGCUACAUCACCGUCGGCUACCGCGGCUCGUACACCAUCGGACGCGACAUCCAGAACGACGCCAAGUUCCGCCGCGUCGCCCGGAUUACCGUGUGCGGCAAGACCUCGCUCGCCAAGGAGGUGUUCGGGGAGACGCUGAACGAGAGCAGGGACCCCGACCGCCCCCCGGAGAGGUACACCUCCCGGUAUUACCUCAAGUACAACUUCCUGGAGCAGGCGUUCGACCGGCUGGCCGAGAUGGGCUUCCACAUGGUGGCGUGCAGCUCCACGGGCACGUGUGCCUACACCAGUAGCGACCCGAACGAGGACAAAAUCUGGACCAGUUACACCGAGUAUGUGUUCUGCAGAGAGUGAAUCACAGUGGACCCAAGUGGUUUUUUGUUUUUGUUUUGUUUUUUUGUGCCUAUUGCCUAUUUCCACCAGUUUAUAGCACAGCUACACGUAUACUUUCAAAAAAAAUAAAAAAUGCAGAAGGGUACUUUUCCUUUACUUUUCAGUGGAGUCGUACCAUCAAGUGUGCAUCUUGUACCUUUUUUAGUAUGUAUCUUUAACCUGUUGAGAAAGUGAAAGUGGUGCGCUUUAGGAGUAGAGUUUUAAGCAAACCCACAGAUGUCCAAUUGUAAAAAAAAAAAAAAAAAAUCCAUUUGGACAACUGGUGUUUUGCUUCAAGCGCAGCUCCUAAAGUAAGUAAAAAGUGAAUCGAUUUGCAUUUUUUUCCCUUGGUUUUUAUUAUUACCAUUAUUUUUAUAUAUAUAUGGUUGGAAAUCGUGCCUAUGUCCACCAGUUUAUAGCACAGCUACUGUACAUGUACUGUAUACUUUUCCCUGUCAGUGCAGUUGUACCAUCAAGUGUGCCUCUUUUACCUUUCAGUAUGUAUUUUUUACCUGGAAAAGAAAAAGAAAGUGAUGGACUUACAGUGAUGAAAAGAGUAGAGAUUUAAGCACACCUACAGAUGUCCAAUUUUAGUGAUAGUCUACUAAAACAAUGUUCUAUUUGGACAACUAGUGUUUGCUUAAAGCUCUACUCCUGAAGUGAGUAGACAGUGAAUCGAGUUUUUUUUUAUUAUUAUUAUUCAUGGUUGUAAACUAUAUACUUUCAUAUACUUUACGUACACUUUAAGAAAUGAAGGUACUUUUCCUUGGAAAAGUGGAGUGGCACCAUCAAGUGUGCAUCUUGUACCUUUAGUAUGUAGAAAGAAAAGUGAAUACGGUGCACUUUAGGAGUAGAGCUUUAAGCAAACCCACGGAUUUCCAAUGGGAAUGAUAUAAUAAGUGUAACAUUGCUUCAGUAGACUCACCAGACGUAAGCAACAGUAUAGUUUUAGAAAGUGUACAUUCAGAAAAAAUAAAAGCAAUACUAUAUUGUUUAUCUUUGGAAUUAUAGAACCACAAAAGUGUACAACUUGUACUUGUAGCAUGCACCACUCACCUAGGGAAGUGAAGUACCAGAGUGGUGUACCUGUCAAAUUCCUAUACUUUCUUUAAGCUGCUCCUGUCAAGGUGGGUUCCCACAACGGUUCGUGCCUGUUUGUGCCAGUAAGAUUUCAAAACUUUAUUUCUGCUCUCGUCAAGGGGCUCGCAACAGCUCACCAUGCCUGUUUGUGCCUGUAAAAUUCCUGUCAUUCCUUAAAUCCGAGGUUCUCGGGUCCAAUUCUUGGGAUCCACUAAAGCCAUGAUCCCCGCUUCUACAGAUUGACUUCCUUCUUGGGUCAAAAGUGAAAUAGGGAACCUUUAACCAUGAACCAUGCACAUAGAUGAUGCUUAGAAAUGAUUCCAGGCUCCUGUGUUCAAUACAACUAAACUCCAUUUACUAGGAUGCAUACUACUGGUACUAACGAUGUACAGUAUAUGUGUGUGUGUGUGUGUUUUUCCUUAGAGUGGGGAUUGUAUAUGAGUGACUUUAUCAGUCCAUACAGAUUAGCAUAAAGACGUAGCUCGUUUGUCAGAAGUUUAAUGAUUAGCAAGCGUCUGCAGCCUUCGGCUCUCGCGUUAUUAAGGUUAAACGAUUCAGGGAUUGUUAAGAAUGCAGUGUAAAGUCUCAGUCAGGUUUUCAUAACACGUGCACACAGGCAUGUCCAGACCGAAGUGGUUUGGUUUGUCUGGGCAUGUACAGGGAAUCCAAUCUGUCCUGUUUGAGGAGAAAUAUGAGUGAAAUGUGCAGAUCUGUGUCCUGAUGAUGGAGGACACGGAGGACGUUGUUCGUCUUUACCCUCACUGCCAUUCCAUCUUAACAUCCCACUGACUGCUUUCCCGGUCGUUGUCCUUUUCUAAUCUCUCCCACUGGACAUGUUUUUUUUCCGAGUGGCGCUCGUCACUGUCUCAUGGUGUUUUUCGUUAACCAGACAGAGGUUCAGUUUCCUGUGUGAUGUAAACAGUUCUUCUAGCUCACAUGAAACUUGUGCUCUAUCAGAUAGCAAUAGGACCCUAAACAUGUUCCUGUUUCUGUAUUAAACACAAUCUCACACUCUGAAGUUCAAUUUUUCCCGUCUGAACUAAAUGAUUAACUGAGUGAAUUGUUUCCUUUGCACUUGUGUAUAUACAGUAUAUAUAUACGACAUUCUUCAUGGUUUUCUUGUAUGACUGAAACAAUAAAGUAAAUAUCCAAAGAUGUUUA